CGGCGUUAGUGGCGUACCAGAGGGUGGGCGACUAGGUCCCACACUUUUCGUCGGUCUCGCACUGUGGCGUCGGGCUGCUGCGCGCGACAGGCAGGAUACCUCGGGGACCAAGCUGUGUUUGAACAGUGACGUGAUACGUUCUCGGGAAGAUUUGUGACGGAUAUUUGUGUGGAUAGCUGGCGGUGCACAAUGUGAAUGUGGCGUGCGUGAGGGAGAUGAUUGCCACGAAGAGCUGAAUUCCUACGAAUUUGUCUUUCCAAAGGUCACCCAGACAGCGGGGUGAACAAAGCAGGAGCGCUGUCGUGUCGGAAUCGCGUCCACUUCAGGUGGUGCUUUCAGAAGAGCGCUGCUACUACACACCAGAUAUUUGUCGAAGACUUCAUGACAGACACCGCUGAUCCUAAGGGCCAGAAAGUUGAUGAAAGUCAGGUUUAGUGGUGUCAACAAGCGUAAACAAGCCUUGUUAAACCUUCGGGGGCUUCCGGCUUAGAGCUCAGUGGAAUAGUGUUACGGAGAGCAAGACAUCAACUGAUUUGCAGAUUUCAUCGUGAAAGUGACUCUGAGACCUGACAUCACAAGAAAGAUCCUGCGCUCCGCCGGGAAACCAUCGACGAGCAGUGGUGACCUCAAGUGGUUCUAGCCGGACCUGGGAGACAUUAAUGCUGUGAGAUCGGCCAGGAUAACUAGAAACUAAGCAUCUACAGCACCUCCAACAGCCAGUGACCAUUUCUAGCCGAAAAGUCGGAACGAUUUCCGAGAAGAACCGAAAAGUCUAGCGAUCUCAGUAUGCAUCAGUAAACGGUCUCCGGUGUCCUUGGCAUCUUGUGCUACUUCUACGCCGACCUAGAACUGUAUCGCGACAACAGGAACCAUCUGCACAAUGACUGCUGACGUCAGCACCAGAACUGAUGACGUCACGGUCGAGGCCGCGCCCGACAGCCAAUCAGAUGCACAGAUUGCGUUGCUGGUUAUCCUGCCCACAGUGGCCGUGGCGGCUGGCUGCUGCCUGCUGCUGGCCCUCUUUCUGUGGCUCAGACGUCGCAGCAGGUCCAGCUCUAAAGAACGGCAGCCGCUGAAGCAGCAGCUGGCAGCUGUCAGACCCGACCAUCCCGUGGCGUUUGUGCUGCCGACGGUCACCAUCAGUGAGACGGGGAGCGAGCCCGUCAGUGAUCUCUCGGCUCUGAGUCACUCAUCGAGCUCUUCGUCACUGGCGACGAUGCAUUCGUCCAGGUCAUUCGGGGCGUCCUGGAGAGGGGCCCGGCCGCGGGAGGUGUUUAAUCCGGAAACACUGAGCGCAGAGCUCUACGAAUAUGCCAGUCCAGUGACGUCACCAGACACGACGUCCGAGUCGGAGGGCGCCGCGCGCUUCUCCAGCGCCGGAUCGCUGGGGUUCUGUCUCAGAUAUGACGUCAACAGACAACAUCUGACUGUUAGAAUUAUCGGAGCCCGCCACCUACCGGCCAAAAUCAGAAAAGGUUCUGCCGAUGCCUAUGUCAAGGUCACCGUGUUACCUGACAAGGCCCAAAAGUACACAACGCGCGUGGUACGCAACACACAAGACCCCAGCUUUAACGAGGAAUUCGUGUUCGCCUUACGUCGGGCGCACCUCGACAGCAUGGCCCUGCGUCUGACCGUGUGCGACUACGACAAGUUCUCUCGGCGGCUGGUGCUGGGUCAUGUUCUGUUCCCGCUGAGCACUGCCAACAUCAGCAGCAAGCUGACUGACGAUGUUGUAACCGGAGAGACUUGGAUGCCCCUAGAGGAGCGACUAGCCGAACAUGAGCUGGCACACAGUAAAGGUCAGCUGGAGGUGUCGAUGUGCUACGUGCCCGACGCAGAGAUGAUAUACGCAGAGGCACUGCGAGCCAGGGACCUGAGGAUGCACGACACCGAACUGGUGUCCAUGUUCGUGAAACUCUCGUGGUACGAGAGGAAGCGUCUGGCCCGGACCAAGAAGUCUCGUCCCUGUAAGCACACCAGGGACCCCCAGUUGAGCGAGCGCUUCACUCUGGCCGUACAGAGGAGCUUCCUGUCCGACGUCUGCCUGGUGGUCACCGUCUGCGCCCGAAACAAAAUCGGUGUUCGUCACACGCUGGGUCGAUGCUGUAUCGGUCCCAUCACCUACACAACCGGCACCGGACUGCAGCACUGGAAUAACAUGCUACACUCGACCGGCAAGGCCAUCAAGAUGUGGCACGACCUCACGUGACCUCGGGUCAGCGGUAGUGACCUUCGGUCAACGGUCGUGACCUAUGGGUAAUGGGUCGUGACCUUGGGUCAACGGCCGUGACCUUGGGCCAACGGCCGUGACCUUGGGGCAAUGGAUCGUUAUCGUGAUCUGAGGUCAGAGAGUCUUGGCCUUAGGUUAGCGAUUCGUGACCUUUGGUCAACGAGACAUGACAUAGGAUCGUUCAUCUGUGACCUCUGUUGACCUCAUGCGCUCGCUGUUGCCCGUAUCUGACUUAAUGCGACCUGAAACUAUUACUAGCCUGCCUAGUCCAGUAACAAUACUAGCCUGCCUAGUUCAGUAACAAUCUGGCCAGAAGGGCCUGCCUUUGGAUUGCUUUAAUAGGUAUCAGUGCGUCUCCUCUGAGACCGAUAUGUGGUGCCUUUGGAUGAGUGAGCAAUUAAAUGAGUAACGAAUGAGUAAUGAAUAGUAAUGAAUGAACGGAUGGAAGUGAAACAAUGAAAGGAUUAUUGGAGGGCUUACGGUGCGUGCUAACUAUGAAGCCAUUCCGAUGAGCUGGUAUUAUUGAAUGUGAUAAGACAUCCCAUGUGCAGGUGAAGGUUUUUGAGACUGCGACGAUGUAUGCGACAGUUAUCUACAACAGUUGUUUGUGCCAGUAUAUGUGACAGGACUCUCUGAUAGUGUCAUGACCGUAUCAUAUUUUACCAUGUCGCAUGUUUUUCAUGUAGAUAUGAUAAUGAUGUGAAAGGUGUAAUGGAUAAGCCUGUGAAGCAGAGCGUCCAUUUGUGCCACCUGCUGAAUAUAUGACAUAUCCAUAA